CGGAGAUUUCGCGUCAGCAAGAUAGUGUAAAAAUACUCAUCACGUGGUUAUGUGUUAAUCUAGGUCACUAACUCAUAGAUAAACAAAACGCCAGGCGGCUGAAACAAAAGGGAGAUCCAUGGAGCGGCAUUCAGAAUACGAAUACACCGAUAAUGUUAAGCUCACCGAUCAGGCUAUAAAGGACUUUGAGGAAUAUGGAUAUAUUCUUAUCAGGGGUCUCCUUGACAAAGAAGAGGUCAAUGGGGUCCUGAAAGUAUUAGAGGACAGCGAUGAAAUGAUGAAACAAAACUAUGAGUUUGAGGAGGUAAAUAAAGAUAAAAAGACACAGAGGAUUAUUUGGUCACACCCUGGUACUGACGUCACCGGAAUGGUGGCUCGAAGCGAAAAAGUGGCUGGAACGUGCGAAAAGCUCUUGGGCGGCGAAGUGUAUCACUACCACGGCAAGAUGAUACUGAAAGGCGCACAGAAAGGAGCUCGCCAUCUGUGGCACCAAGAUUAUGGAUACUGGUACAACAAUGGCUGUCUUUUUCCUGACAUGAUGACAGUUUUUAUCCCAUUAGAUCCAUGCAGGAAAGAAAAUGGCUGCUUACAGAUAUUGGAGGGUUCACAUAAGUGUGGCCGGAUUGACCAUCACCCUGUUCUAAAGCAGGCAGAGGCAGACUUGGAACGUGUGGAAGAAAUCAAGAAAACUUGUCCUCAUAAGUUCGUUGAAAUGGAUCCCGGCGAUGCCCUUUUCUUCCACUGCAAUAUGCUGCAUCAUAGCUCAGACAACAACAGUGACAUGCGCAGAUGGGUGUACAUCUGUACGUACAACAGAGCCAGCAACGACCCUGUUAUCGAACAUCACCACCCACGAUACACACCAAUGACCAAAGUUCCCAACUCUGCCAUUAAAGAAUGUACCAAUUUCACAGAUAUGAGUGGGAAGGACUUCAUUCACCCUGACCGUAAUACCUCCUUGACGUCACACAUCCGUGUUCAUUAGUCAAAAAGUCAAAAGGAGAAGUGAAUCCAUACACUUAGAUAAUGUGACAAUGUUAUAACACCUUGACGUCAAACAUCCCUGUUCAGUAGUCAAAAAGACAAAAGUCAAAAAGGAGAAGUGAAGCCCUACGCUUAGAUAAUGUGAUAAUGUUAACAUGUACGGUCAUAUUGAUAUUUAGUCAGAUUUCAUGUGACAUUCUUUGUAUUUGCAUUUGUGUAUUUAUCCAAGUUAUUUCCAUACGUUAUUGUUGAAAUUCCAGUGAAUCGUACAUGCUGAUUAAUUACGUUACCGUCUGUAUCUUUGAAAAUGUCAACAUUGAACAAUGGUAUGCUGCUUAUUUAUACACAAUCAUAAGAUGUAUGCUGAUGAAUUCAAAAUAUCAAUUUGUCCAAUUUAUUAAAUUUCACACACAAAUAUAUUUCAAAAA